AGGAAGUCCAGGUUGGAGAGCAGAGUGGAGAAGAUCACCUGGCAUGCAGGCAGAAAACCCAAACGGAUUCGUGUUGUUUGCUGCCAGCUAAAAUGUUACUGCGCUCUCAAGACAGAAGACCCCUGCUUGGGUUUUCGGCCCUACUAAGGCAAAGCAUUCCCCAAUAUCGGCAACUGGCAUCCACGGCGCCUCUCAGGAGUCCGAAAGAAUCCAUCUUUACGUUGCGACCUCUUAGCGCUCCACCUCCUUGGGCAACGCGGGCACUCUACAACUUGCAGGAAGUCGAGCGAGAACUGCAAGGCCUCAGAGAGCGCCAGCAGACCGAGGCAGAUGAGGUGAACCGGGAGUUGGACAGUGCGGCGAUCGGUGCCCGGAGAGAAGAGCGUCGUCUUCUCGAAAAGAUCGAGCAGGAUCACGGAGAAGCCCAGCUUCUCCUGAGUCAGGUGAAGCGAGAAAACGCGGCGGCAGUGAGGGUUGCGCAAUCCCUCGUCGAUCAGCAACUACGAAAAAUGCGGCAGCUGAAGGAGCAGAUACAAAGAUGGGGCAGCACAGCCGGGGGUGUUGAUAAAUCUCAGCUCGAAAGAUGGCUAGCAGAGGUUACCCAGCCGUGGGAAAUCUCUCUUACGAUUAAAAGGGUCAGCUUCCAACCAACAGAGUCCCGAAAUCCCUGCUUAGGGCAGAUCAAUGUCUACGAGCAAAGUGUAACUUAUCCCAUUGGCGUCUGUGGCGCCCAAGGACAGAAGUGUGCCCUGCACUCGGGACACUCCACCUUGUCAAACAUCACCCCUGUCGAGAUUCGAAAAGAGCCAUCGUCAGUCAAAGCGGAGCAAAGACAACGUUCAAAGGAGAGCGCAAAGACAAAGACCGGGACUCCGCAAAUUGUACCGAAGCGAAAUGCGUUCAGCUCAACUGCGAACGAGAAGCUCAGAUCGUCUGCGUCCCCCACGCCGAGAAAUCGCGCCGUAUCGGAGUCCUCCCAAGAGGAGGAAGAGAACUCGAUGCGUUGCGUCGCACGCGAACAAGACCUCUUAAACGCUAUUUCGGCAGCGUCGAGUCAAAGAGAAUCUGAAAGCGAGGAAUCCGACGGCAAAUGCCGACGACCCAAGAAGCUCUCCGCUGUUAGGGGAAAGAAAAAGAAAGAAGCCGUUGUCCUUGUCUCACGCGAAGAAACUUCCUGUCCUCUCGAAAGUGAGCCCCUUUCCAGGCACACUCUUGGAUACCUUUCCACGAGAUCGAAUUCAUUAUCUCGAAAAGCCUCGUCAACGCCCAACGAGUCAUCAAAGGACAGCGGAAGCCCUCCGUCCUCAGCAGCGAGCGAGGAUUUGUGUUACACGUGCCCCGAGAACGGAUUGGGCAGUGGAUCCUUCAAGCAAGAGCACCGCCAUUCACUUUAUUCCGGCAACUUCUCCGGUAAACCGAGCCCCGCAAACCGCGGUGACAAAGGUGUCUGUGGACCGAUUAGGAAAGUCAUCAGGAUCCGCCUGACCGCUGAGCCGACUCCUGAGCAAGGCCAGGGACACGGCUCUGAGCCAGAACCAGACGGCGACGCUGCAGAUUCCAGAGCCCAGACUUCCGUUGCAAAAUUGUUUGGUUUAAAUCCUGUCCAUCGAUCUCCGUCCGUGCCGGAAAUAGAAAAUGAGGAAUCGCAUCAGUACAAAAAUGACAACAAAGAGAACGACGUGGCACCUUUUCGGGAGUUGGAGCAAGAGGGCAGUUCAACUGCGCUUGACACAGCUUACCUGGUGAGGCAGUUUGGAAAACAAGGAUCAGGCCGCACGGAUUUCAACCUGCCGAGCGGUAUACACGCAACUACCAAAGGUCUGCUCUUCGUGGUGGAUUGCGGAAAUGCCCGCAUUCAGGUUACCGACCUCCAAAAGAACGUAGUGCAGCAGGUGUCCCCAUCAGGGUUCGAGAGAUCUUCCCGUAUCUGCAAUUACUUUGACGUGGCCGUCAACUCGAAAGGACUCAUUGCUCUGACCUGCGCCGCCGAACGAGCCGUGUUGGUCUUCAACCGUCACGGGCGCCUGCUGCGGAUAUUUGGAGGCACGACGAAUAGCUCGGCAAAUGAAGACCUGGAUGCUCCCCGCGGGGUCACUGUUACGCCACAAGAUGAUUUCUUGAUUGCCGACAUCAAACGCGGCACCCUGACUGCCCUGAAGCUGGACCCCAAAACCGGGGCCAGGUUAGAGCGGACAGUUGUCACAGGCUACCACAGGCCAUACCUGGUGGCAGCCUGCCUGGCGACAGGACUCGUGGCGCUGUCCGAAAGAGGCAACGAUAGCGGCCGCGUGCCAUGUAUACGCGUACUGGAGCCCGGAUGGAGUACAAUACGAGUCUUGGGGGUGUGCUCCGGCCUCGGGCCCAUCUUAUCUUGCCCUUGGGGCCUUUGUAUCGACUGCAAUGGGGAUGUGCUGGUAGCAGACUGGGGAAAGGAGGCCCAUCGGGUUCUUCUUUACCCGUCAAAGGGUGUCGGCUGGCCGCUCGUCACGGAUAAUUUGAACAGCCCAAGAGGUCUAGCGCUGCUCCCCGAUGGCCACGUGGUCGUUUCGGACAGCAUGAAUCAUUCCAUCAAGAUCUAUCGCUACAAAUGA